CCAGAAAGGAGCAGGCAGGCAGGCGGGUCUGAACCCCUCGGGUCCUCCAGCCAUGAGGCUCCUCUGGGGUCUGAUCUGGGCAUCUGGCUUCUUCGCCUUGUCUCUGCAGAAGCCCAGGUUGCUCCUGUUUUCUCCUUCUGUGGUUCGCAUAGGGGUCCCCCUGUCUGUGGCUGUGAAACUCCAGGAUGCUCCUUCAGGACAGGUGGUGAGAGGAUCCGUGUUCCUGAGGAACCCAUCCCACGUUAAUGAGCUCUGCUCCCCGAAGGUGGAUUUCAGCCUCAGCUCAGACAGAGACUUCAAACUCCUCAACCUCCCGAUUCCGCAGGAACGGGCCAGGAUCUGUCGCCUCCAUCUCCUCCGCGGAGCCCCCGAGGUCCAGCUGAUGGUGCAGUCAUCAUGGCUAAGGGACUCUCUGUCCAAACAGACAGACAUGCAGGGUGUCAACCUGCUGUUCUCCUCUCGCCGUGGGCACCUCUUUCUACAGACUGACCAGCCCGUUUAUAACCCUGGCCAGCGGGUUCGCUACCGAGUCUUUGCUCUGGAUCAGAAGAUGCGCCCGGCCACUGACAUCCUCACGGUCACGGUAGAGAACUCUCAAGGCUUCCGCGUGCAGAAAAGGGAAGUGGUUGCUCCCUCCUCCAUAUUCCAGGACAACUUUUUGAUCCCAGACAUCUCAGAGCCAGGAACAUGGAAAAUCUCAGCCCGUUUCUCAGACAGCCUGGAUUCCAAUAGCAGCACCCAGUUUGAGGUGAAGAAAUAUGUUCUUCCCAACUUUGAGGUGAAGAUCAUUCCUGAAAACCCAUACAUCCUGACAACGCCUGGCUUUCUUAGUGACAUCCAAGUGAUCAUCCAGGCCAGGUACAUCUACGGGAAGCCAGUGCAGGGGGUGGCAUAUGUGCGCUUUGGGCUCCUGGGUGAGGACGGUGAAAAGACUUUCCUGCGGGGCCUGGAGAGUCAGACCAAGCUGGUGGAUGGCCAGUGCCAAAUUUCCCUCCAAAAGGCUGAGUUUCAGGGUGUGCUGGAGAAGCUUCAUAUUAGCAUUAAUGACCUCCCAGGGCUGCGCCUCUAUGUUGCGGCAGCUGUUAUUGAGUCUCCAGGAGGAGAGUUGGAGGAGGCAGAGCUCAUGUCCUGGCGUUUCGUGUCAUCUCCCUUCUCCUUGGAUCUAAGCAAAACCAAGCAGCAGCUUAUACCUGGGGUCCCCUUCCUGCUGCAGGCCCGGGUCCGUGACAUGUCAGGCUCCCCAGCCUCUGGCAUCCCCGUCAAAGUGUCUGCCAAGUUGUUUUCUGGAUCUACUUCUAAAAAUGAGGACUUUGAACGGAACACAGAUGGGAGCGGCCAAGUCAUUGUUUCCAUUGGUGUUCCUCCAACCAUCUCAGAAGUGCAGCUCUCGGUGUCUGCAGGCUCCCCACACCCUGCUGUAGGCGGUCUCACCGUGAAAGCCCCCCUGUCCAGAAGCUCUGGGUUUCUGUCCAUUGAGUGGCAGAAUCCUCGACCUCUUAAAGUUGGAGAGACCCUUAACCUAAACCUGCAGGCCGUGGGCAUCAGUGGGAGCUUCUCACACUUCUACUACAUGGUGCCAAUGGGAGCUGUGGACACGGCACUGUAUGCUGUGGGUGGCAAGUCCCACAAACCCCUCGACAUGGUCAAGGUCUUCGAAGCUAUGAACAGCUAUGACCUUGGCUGUGGUCCCGGUGGUGGAGACAGUGCCCCUCAAGUGUUCAAGGCAGCCGGUCUGGCCUUUUCUGAUGGUGACCAUCAGACUGAAAUCAGAAAGAGUCUGAGCUGUCCGAAGGAGUCAAAGCCUCGGAAAAAGAGAAACGUGAACUUCCAAAAGGCAAUUAAUGAGAAGUUGGGCCAGUACACUUCCCCCGUAGCCAAGCGCUGCUGCCUGGAUGGGCUGACGCGGCUGCCCAUGGUGCGCACCUGUGAGCAGCGGGCGGACCGGGUACAGCCGCUGGCCUGCCGCGAGCCCUUCCUGUCCUGCUGCCAGUUUGCUGAGAGCCUGCGCAAGAAGGCCCGGACCAGGGGCCAGGUGGGCCUGGCCCGAGCCAUGGAGCUCCUGCAGGAGGAGGACCUGAUCGAAGAGGAUGACAUCCCCGUGCGCAGCUUCUUCCCCGAGAACUGGCUUUGGAAAGUGGAAGAAGUGGACCGCUCAUCCCAAUUGCGACUGCUGCUCCCCGAUUCUCUGACCACGUGGGAGAUCCAUGGCGUGAGCCUGUCCAAACGCACAGGCUUGUGUGUGGCCACCCCGGCCAGACUCCGAGUGUUCCGUGAAUUCCACAUGCACCUCCGCCUGCCGCACUCUGUCCGCCGCUUUGAGCAGCUCGAGCUGCGACCAGUCCUCUACAACUACCUGGAUAGAGAUCUGACCGUGAGCGUCCACGUGUCCCCAGUAGAGGGGCUGUGCCUGGCCGGGGGCGGAGGGCUCGCCCAGCAGGUGCAGGUGCCUGCGGGCUCUGCCCGGCCCGUUGGCUUCUCUGUGGUGCCCAUUGCAGCUGCUGCCGUGUCCCUGAAGGUGGUGGCUCGAGGAUCCUUAGAUUUCCCUGUGGGGGACGCAAUAUCUAAGAUUCUACAUGUCGAGAGAGAAGGGGCCAUUCACAGGGAGGAGAUGGUCUAUGAACUCAACCCCCUGGAUCCUCCCCCGUUCACCUGUGGGUCUCCUUUCACUCCAGAUAAGCUGUACUGGGGCUCAGUCACCACUUCUCCAAGCAACGUCCUGUCACCCACUCUGGCUCCUCGCAGCCCAGCAGACCCCAUUCCCCAGGUUCCAGCCAUGUCUAUUGAAACCACGGCCUAUGGCCUGUUACACCUGCUGCUAUGGGAGGGCAAGGCUGAAUUGGCUGACCAGGCUGCAUCCUGGCUGAGCCGCCAGGGCAGCUUCCAAGGGGGAUACCGAAGCACCCAGGACACUGUUAUGGCUCUGGAUGCCCUGUCUGCAUACUGGAUCGCGUCCCACACCACUGAGGAGAAGGGGCUCAACGUGACCCUCAGCUCCUUGGGCCGCAGUGGGCUCAAGUCCCACGUGUUGCAGCUGACCAACCACCAAGUUCACAAGCUGGAGGAAGAGCUGCAGUUUUCCCUGGGAAGCAAGAUUAACGUGGAGGUGGGAGGAAACAGCAAAGGAACGUUGAAGGUUCUUCACAGCUACAAUGUCAUGGACAUGACAAACACGACCUGCCAAGAUCUUCAGGUUGAAGUGACAGUCGUGGGCCACGUCGAGUACACGAUGGAGGCUGAAGAGGACUACCAGGAAUACGAGUAUGAGGACUCUCCAGCGGGGGAUGACCCCAAGGCCCACUCCCGGCCCGUGACACCCCUGCAGCUAUUUGACGGUCGGAGGAACCGCCGUAGGAGGGAGGCCCCCAAGGCAGCUGAGGAACAGGAAUCCAGGGUGCAGUACUCUGUGUGCAUCUGGCGGACUGGCAAGGUGGGGCUGUCGGGCAUGGCCAUUGCAGACAUCACCCUCCUGAGUGGAUUCCACGCCCUGCGGGCUGACCUGGAGAAGCUGACCUCCCUCUCUGACCGUUAUGUGAGCCACUUUGAGACCGAGGGUCCCCACGUCCUGCUGUACUUUGACUCGGUCCCCACCUCCCGGGAGUGCGUGGGCUUCGGAGCGGUGCAGGAGGUGCCCGUGGGGCUGGUACAACCAGCCAGCGCCGUCCUGUAUGACUACUACAACCCUGAGCACAAAUGUUCUGUGUUUUAUGGGGCACCACGUAAGAGCAAACUCUUGUCCACGUUGUGCUCUGCGGAUGUCUGCCAGUGUGCUGAGGGGAAGUGCCCUCGACAGCGCCGGGCCCUGGAGCGUGGGCAGCAGGAUGUGGAGGGUUACCGGAUGAAAUUCGCCUGCUACUCUCCCCGAGUGGACUACGCCUUCCAGGUUAAGGUUCUCCGAGAAGACAGCAGGGCUGCUUUCCGCCUCUUUGAGACCCAUAUCACCCAAGUCCUGCAUUUCACCAAGGAUGCCAAGGCCACCGCUGAUCAGACCAGAAACUUCCUGGUCCGAGCCUCUUGCCGCCUUCAGUUGGAACCUGGGAAAGAAUAUCUGAUCAUGGGUCUGGAUGGGGCCACUUACGACCUCAAGGGAGACCCCCAGUACCUGCUGGACUCAAACAGCUGGAUCGAGGAGAUGCCCUCCAAGCGCAUGUGCCAGAGCACCCGCCAUCGGACACCCUGUGCCCAGCUCAACAGCUUCCUCGAGGAGUAUGGUACGCAGGGCUGCCAGGUGUGAGGGCGCGCUCCCAGCUUCCCCAGGAGGAGCCGGAGCUGCGGAAAGGUGGUGCCUGGACUCCUGCCAUGCCCUGUGCCCUGAUCAGAGCCCUAGGCAAAACCAGGGACUCAAUAAAGGCCUUUGGCCCCAAAGUGUC